CCCUCGAAAAGAGGGAAAAAGGCCACUGCCGUUGCUCUGCUUGUAUCAUCAAUCUCCCUUCACACCCGUCACCACAAGUCUCCAGUUUCGAGGCUUUCUCUCCAUCGAAGCAAAGGCAUGGAGUUGGCAGUGAGAACAGUGGGCGGAAUAGAGAGCUGCUUCGUCUCACUCCCUCUUCCUCUCAUCCAAACCCUUCAGUCCACAAGCUCGGGCCUUCUUCCUCCCGUUCUCGCACUCGAGCUUCGCUCUUCCAACAAUGAUGUCUGGGUCGUUGCCUGGUCUGGCUCCGCUUCCACCUCCUCCUCCAUCGAGGUUGCUCGGCAAUUUGCAGAAUGCAUUUCCCUACCAGAUCAUACUGCUGUUCAAGUACGAGCUAUUGCUAAUUUGCCCAAGGCCACCCUAGUCACAAUAGAACCACAUACUGAAGAUGAUUGGGAAGUUUUGGAGCUUAAUGCAGAGCAUGCAGAGGCAGCUAUUCUGAAGCAGGUGCUUGAUUAACAUUAGUCUGCAAAAAGGCUAGUACAUUUU